CCUGCUUCUUCCUUCAAGAGUUUGAGCCAACACAGAGAUACAACUCCUCCCCACAGCUCUCCCUUUCCCUCCUGAGGGGUCUAGGGUUAGAGACAGAGAGGGAGAAGUUCCAAACAGCAGCAAGCUCUCAGCUCAGUGCGUGUUGAUUCAUUUUAGCAAGCUUGAAGUUUGCAACUUUUGUAUCGCAAUGGCUGGCCUAUCCCUGGAGCACCCCUGGGCAUUUGCUUUUGGCCUCCUAGGCAACGUGAUCUCCUUCGCGAGCUACCUGGCCCCAAUACCGACGUUCUACCGUAUAUACAAGAGCAAGUCGACGGAGGGGUUCCAGUCGGUGCCGUACGUCGUGGCGCUGUUCAGCGCCAUGCUGUGGAUCUACUACGCGCUGGUAAAGUCCAACGAGAGCCUCCUCAUCACCAUCAACGCCGCUGGCUGCGUGAUCGAGACGAUCUACAUCGUCAUGUACCUGGCCUACGCUCCCAGGAAGGCAAAGCUCUUCACGGCCAAGAUCCUGCUCCUCCUCAACGUCGGCGUCUUCGGGAUCAUCCUUCUCCUCACCCUCCUCCUCGCCAAGGGCGAGAAGCGCGUCGUCUCCCUCGGCUGGGUCUGCGUUGCCUUCUCCGUCAGCGUCUUCAUCGCCCCGCUCAGCAUCAUCGGGCGUGUGAUCAAGACGAGGAGCGUGGAGUACAUGCCAUUCUCCCUCUCCCUCUCGCUCACCCUCAGCGCGGUCGUCUGGUUCCUCUACGGGCUCCUCAUCAAGGACAAAUACGUCGCGCUCCCCAACAUUCUUGGCUUCACCUUCGGGCUGGUCCAGAUGGGGCUCUACAUGUUCUACAUGAACGCGACGCCGGUGGUGGCCGAGGGGAAAGAGGGAAAGCAGGAGGGGAAACUGCCGGCGGAGGAGCACGUGGUGGUCAACAUCGCCAAGCUCAGCGCGACCCCAGAGAGGAACUACGGCAACGAGGUGCACCCGGUGAUGCAGAUGGCCGCCAGGGCUGCCCCCGGGAGCUGCGCGGCGGAUGUGGCGGCGCCGGAGAAGGGAGCUGCACUGGCCGUGGACGUUGCACGUCCUGUCGAGGUGGUCGUCUAGAUCCACGUACGCCUACGUCCGUGCAUGGACCAUGCAUGCACACUUUAUUAUCUCCACAGGAGCAAACUGAAGGAGGACGACGGUAUAAUUAUCAAUUAAUCUCCCUACUAGCUAAGCCUUUGAUGCUUGCUUGCAUCAGUGGUGGAGCCUGAGGACGCGAGGGAAGCUAUAUAUUCCAUAUAUGUAUGAUGUAUAGGGUGAUUAUCGCUCUCCGUGUUGAUUAGUGCUACUGUUGUAUUCAUUUCCAUCGAUCCAUGAUGUUCCCAAUUACAUGUCCUAGUUUGUUCCUUUGUACCUGUAAUUCGUGUUUUCUAAUAAAAAUGUGAUCGAUCUCUAA